GCUCUGCAGCUGUCUUUGAAUCUUACAGCAGUGAACCACCGUCCCUCAGGAUGGACUCCAGGCCCCCCAACCUGCUGCUGCUGCUUCUCACCUGCCUCCUACACUUCUGGCGGUGUGCCAGAGGACAGCCAUUUUACACUAUAGACGUUGUGGGCCUAACAAUCCGGCCCGGCAGCACCGUUCAGAGCGGGACGCCAGUGACUCUACGCUGCCAAGUCAGAGUCAGUCAUGACAACAUUCCUCACCUGGAACACGAGUUCCAGCUCAGACAAGACGACGUCCUCAUUUACUCCUCUACCACCAAAGAAGACUCGAUCACAUAUGACCUCGACCCGGCCAGGGCAGCCGACUCUGGAAGUUAUGAGUGCCGAGUCACAGUCAAGGACAGGAGCAAAGCCAGCUUCAGCAAAAUACUGGAAGUCACAGGCCUGCAGGCCCCCAUUCUGUACUUGAAUAAGACUUCACCCUAUGAGAGCGAGGAGUUCACCGCCGCCUGCAGUGCUCCGGAGGAGAAAGGAUCCCUCGUCUUCAGGUUUUACCAGAAAUUUAGGACCGGAGAACCUCAGAGGAUAAAGCAGACAGCGGCCACCGGGAACUCAUCGGAGACCACACUCGUCCUGAGGGCGAUCGGAGACAGCUUCUUGUACUGUGACUAUGAGGUCAAUUUGGUUUCUGGGGCCAGACGCUCCAACCGUAGCAACGAGAUUACAGUGAUCGUCAAAGGACUUUACAUUUCCCCCAUCAUGAAUGUGCUGCCCUCGCUAGAUGUCUUUGAGUGUGAGAUACUCGAGGUGGUCUGUAAAGUGAUUAACCCACUGAAGAACAUUGACGUAUUCCUGACGAAAGGCAGGAGGAUCCUCAAGCAAGCCCCAGUCAGCCUCAGCCAUCGGUUCACUGCACAAGAAGGCGACUCUGGGGAGCUUGUGUGCAAGGCGGAGUGGGGCAACGUGCAAAAAGAAACAUAUCGAACUAUCACAGUCAAAGAGCUCUUUUCAAAGCCACACCUGACUGUGAGAACCACAGACAUAUUUGAGGGUGACCGCUUCGAGCUGACGUGCUCCGUCUCCAUCUACGUUGCUGAGAGGAUCAGCAAUGAAAGCAUGCGCUUCUCCAUCUACAAAGAUAACGUCAAACUCACCAGUGCAGCGUCGUACGCCACUGUGGCAAACCCUUCUAAAAAUGGCAACUACACCUGUAAAGCCACAGCUUCGUCUCUCACACACUGCUUUGUAGAGAAAGAAAGCCACGCAGUUGUUGUCAAAGCAAAAGUUCCUGUUUCCAAACCCAUGCUGAGUGUGGUGGGGGGUACGCUGGUGUUAGGAAAGCGCUUCCAGCUACUCUGCCACAGCGACAGUGGCACUCUGCCUAUCACCUACACCCUGAACAGCCCUGGCCCGCUGGCUCAGAGCAGCGUGGUGAGCAAGCCCGGGGAGGAGGCCAUCUUUAGCUUCUCAGCCAUCUACAAGACUUCAGACUUAAAUAGCUUUCUGUGCCACGCGAAAAACAGUGAACACAGGCCUCCGAUGAUAGGAACAGGGCAACAGCUGCUACUUUCAACCAUCAUAGAGCCUGUCUCAAUACCAGUGUUGAUGGUGCUCCCCGGAGCCGGGGACGUCUCUGAGGGGCAGGACGUGACUCUUGUCUGCUCGGUUGUGAGAGGCACUCCUCCCAUCAGCUUCUCCUGGUUCCACACGGAGACGGAGGGCGCUCUCUUCUCCCAGACCUCCGAGAAGCUGAAGGGAUCCUACAGCAUCAGCAACGUCAGAGGAGAGCAGAGAGGGCAGUACUACUGUGUGGGCAACAACCCGGCCAACGCAACCAAGCAAAGCCUCAUCAUCACCAUCGGAGUGAAGUUGGCUGGCUGGAAGAAAGGUCUCAUCGCGGUUGCUGUCUUCUGCAUCCUGCUCAUCCUGGCAUUGGUCCUCAUUGUGGCCUUAAAAAGACGCCUCCUUCUAUUCAAGAGGAAGAGAACUGGCGAGCUGUCAGUGAAGUCAGCCAGCACCAAGACGGAGCGGCUGAGCCUCACCCAGGCGGAGGUCAACGAGGCUGCCAAUGUCACUCCAGGCAUGAUUGGAAAGAGUGUUUGGAGUGAACAUGCAUCAGGCUCGGAGUCUGAGGACCAGAACAGUGUGACCGCUCCAGAAAAGCCACCAGAACCUCAAUACACGGAGGUGCAGAUCAGGCCGGCAGAUCCCAACAGAGCUCCGGUGAAAAAGGGAAACUACAGCGAAGUGCGUAACUCCAAGCAAGGUGUUCCAGAGCCGGCCGAUGCUCAGGUGGAGUAUGCACAGCUGAAUCACGAUACGGAUCACCACGAUACGGAUCACCACGGUGACCGCGGUAACCACGGUGACCACAGUGUCCACGAUGACCACAUAGAUGAGGUUGACAUCGACAGUGUUCACAUCGACACCGUUGACCACGGGGAAGGAAAACAGGACGGCACGCCCACCUGUUAACUGACCAACAAGAAUAUUUAUUAUUCCUUUAUUUAUCCGGCUCGUUAAUGCAGCCGGAGUCUUUUAUGCAUUUAUGUACUUUUUGUAUUUUUCUUAUGCUUUGCCAGGAACAUACAACACUGUAGAU